AUGCCCGCUCCUCUCCACUCCCACCCUCAUAGUUCCUCUUUUGCUUCGGGCCAGGAAGCGCCAUCCUCGGGAGAUCAUGGCCCGCGGGUACAUGUUUGUCAUGGGGAUGAGGAUGCUAUCGCAGAUAUCCAUCGGACCCUGACGGCCCCGGAAUAUCCAGAGCCUCACUCCUCCUUUGAUAAGUUUCUUGAAGAACAAGUUCAAGGAGGCAAGAAGCGCUCCAACCUAGGCGUGUGCUUCCAGUCGCUCUCGACUUGGGGCGAAGGCGACGACCAUGCCAAUGUGAAGACGCUGGGAACCGCCUUGUGGCGCACACUGACUCUCCAGGAUAUCUACGAAUGGACUGUUCAGCCAUGGCUAUCCAGCAAGCAGCCGCAGAAUGGCCGCCCACUUAUUCGAGACUUUUCCGGCGUGGUUCAGAGCGGAGAAAUGAUGCUGGUUCUGGGCCGGCCAGGAGCUGGUUGCUCGACAUUUCUCCGCACUAUCGCGGGCCACCACUCCUCUUUCCUGGGAGUGACAGGCUCCAUUGACUAUUCCGGCGUUUGCCCCGACGAAGUUCGAAAGCACUAUCGCAGCGCGGUAGCAUAUGUCCCAGAAGAUGAUGUGCAUUUCCCAACGCUCAGCGUGCGCCAGACGCUCGAGUUUGCUUUGCAGAGCAAAACGCCAAAACGCUAUCAGGAUCGUAUCCCGAAAUACUUAGAGAUCUACGGACGAGUCUUUGGUAUGACACACACUAUGAACACACUCGUGGGCAAUGAGUAUAUCAGAGGCGUCUCGGGUGGCGAACGCAAAAGAAUCUCCAUCAUCGAGUCUCUGGCGACUGAUUCAUCCGUGACAUGCUGGGAUAACUCGACCCGCGGUCUCGACGCUUCGUCUGCCCUCGACUAUGCCCGCAGCUUACGCAUCAUGACCGACACCUGCGGAAAGGCAACCCUCCUCACUCUCUAUCAAGCUUCCGAUGCAAUCUACCAGCUGAUGGACAAAGUGCUCCUGAUUGACGAGGGCCGUAUGCUGUUUCAAGGCCCAGCCAGCGAGGCUAAGCAGUAUUUCGAAGACCUCGGAUAUGAAUGUGCCGCGAUGCAGACCACCUCCGAUUUCCUCACUAGUAUCACGGUUCCCGAGCGGCGGAGGUUCCGUCCUGGCUGGGAGGACCGGGCUCCCAAGGGGCCGAUUGAGCUGGAGGCGGCGUUCCGACAAAGCAAGGCUUUCAAGGAUGUCGAGGGUUCGAUCGAGCAGUACGAGGAUAAGCGAUUCGGGCGCAAAGCUAGCUCGACGUACCCCAUCGAUUCAGAGUGUGGAAGUGUCGAGGAGUUCAAGCGGACGAUGCAGAGCGAUAAGUCUCGUUAUGUGUCCUCGAAGUCUCCUUACACUAUCUCAUUGUUCCGCCAAAUUGCCCUUUGUGCCCACCGUCAAAUGUGCCAGUUGAAGGGACAUAUGGGGCCACUGUACAUCAAAUUAAUCUCUGCAGUUGUAUACGGUCUGUUGGUCGGUUCGAUGUUUUACAACCAGCCCCAGACUACCGAGGGGAUGUACUCACGCGGCGGUGUACUAUUCUACUCAUCUAUUCUACUCGCCUGGCUGCAGAUGUCCGAGUUGGAAGAUGCAAUGCAGGGGCGUGACAUUCUCAGUCGCCAGAAGAAGUUUGCCUUUGUUCGGCCGAGUGCAGUUUGUCUAGCCCGAGUCAUGCAGGAUAUGCUGGUGACUGCCCUCCUGGCAGUUCUCUAUCUAAUCGUGCUGUAUUUCCUCUCUGGACUGCGCUCCGAGGCUGGUCCCUUCUUCAUCGACUUCCUGUUCAUCUAUACGUGCACAAUUUGCCUAACAUCGCAAUUCCGUGUUUUCGCUGCCAUGUCCCGCAAUUUCGAGGUCGCACUGCGGUACUGCGGCGUAUCGGUGCUCUUCUGCAUUGUGUUUGGUGGCUAUGUCCUGUCAGUCGACAAGAUGAUCCAGGAUGUUCCAUGGGUUGGAUGGCUGGCGUAUACAACCCCUGCAUUAUACACUUACGAAGCGUUGAUGGCUGCCGAGUUUCAUAACGUGAACUUCACGUGUGCUGCGUCCACCAUCAUCCCAUCAGGAUCCAACUACACUGACGUCGCAUACCAGACCUGCGCAUACGCGGGAAGCAAGAUAGGUAGCAUUGUCGUUAACGGUGACGACUACCUAGCGACACAGUUCGGCUUUUACUAUAGCCAUGUCUGGCGCAACUUUGGUAUCCUAUGUCUUUUCACUAUUGUCUUCAUUGGCCUUACUUGCUGGUUGAGCGAAGCAAUGGAGUGGGAGCUGGAUUGUGGAGGCCCGAUCCAGUAUAAACCUACGCGCCACUGGUUCAAGCGAAACAAGGCUACCAGCAACGAUGCGGAAAACCUGCCUGUCCCAGCGGACCCUCGAGCAGCCCCGAAUGGCUUUGCCGAAGAAAGCCCCCGACAAACUCUGGCGGCUACAGAAUCCACGUUCACAUGGGCGGACUUGGAGCUUAAUGUGCAGAUUGGAAAAGAUACUCGGAGGCUGCUCGAUGGCGUAUGUGGCUAUUGCAAGCCUGGCUCUCUUACAGCUCUCGUCGGCGCCUCUGGAGCCGGAAAAUCAACUCUGUUGACUGCUCUUACUCAAAGGCAAAGUGCAGGGACCAUAUCAGGGUCCUUGUACGUUGAUAGCCAGCCUAUUGACAGAUCGUUCAACCGGCAAAUUGGAUACUGCCAGCAGAUGGACAUCCAUGACGAGAGCAGCACCAUCCGCGAAGCAUUCGAGUUCUCGGCCCUACUAAGACAGAGCCAUGACACCCCCAAGGAAGAAAAGCUCGCCUAUGUGCAGACCGUUCUGCAUAAGUUGGAUCUCGUUGAACUGCAGAACGCGGUAAUUGGGUCCCUGGACAUCGAGAAGAAGAAACGCGUCACGAUUGGCGUGGAACUCUGCGCUCGACCGAGACUGCUGUUAUUCUUGGACGAACCGACCAGUGGACUCGACAGCCAGGGUGCCACGAGUAUCGUGGCACUACUUCGACGCCUGGCAGAUCAGGGCUUAGCUAUUCUGUGCACAAUUCACCAAGCGAAUCAGCAGCAGUUCGAAGAGUUCGAUCGUGUCCUGGCCCUGAGCCCCGGCGGAAGCACAUAUUACUUCGGACCAGUCGGCGAAUCCGGCCAGGCCAUUUUCGAAUACUUCAAGAAGCACGGCCACAGCCCUCAAAACGUCACCAAUGCGGCUGAUUUCCUUAUUGAAGUGGUUGUCGGUGGCAUGAAAGCCUCCGGGAACAAAGUCAACUUGGCCUCAAUCUGGCGCAAUUCCCAGGAAGCCGAGAAUGUCAAGAAGGAAAUCGCCAAUAUCCGUUCUCACCCAAGCCAGACAGCUGCGCCACUUCUCUCUCCACCCCCGCUGUACUGGCAGAUCAUCCUUCUCACGCAGCGAACGUGCCGUCAAUUCUGGCGAACGGCCGAAUACCCGUACUCGCGGCUCUAUGCCUCGUUCCUGCACGCGCUCAUCAACGGCUUGACCUACCUCCAGAUCGGAAACAGCUUGACUGACCUGCAGUCGAAGGCUUUCUCUUGUUUCCUGGUUCUGAUGUUGGUGCCCGAGUUCAUCAAUGCGAUCUCUAUGAGGUUUAUUAUGAACCGCGAUAUUUGGCUGGCGAGAGAGGGGCCCAGUGGACUAUACAACUGGAUUGUCUUCAGCACUGCGCAGAUCAUUUCCGAAAUCCCGUAUGCGAUUGUCGGCGCAGUUAUCUUCUAUGUGUUAUAUUAUUUCAUGGUCGGAUUGCCGUUGGGAUUCGCGGCUGGAUAUAGUUUCCUCAUGUUUUUCCUGUUCUUCCUGUUCGCCACUUCCUGGGGACAGUGGAUCGCUGCUCUGAGCUCCGACUCAAUGGUCGCCGCCACUCUGAUGCCAUUCUUCAUCAUUAUGUGCGAGUUAUUCAAUGGCAUCCUUCGACCCCACGACCAAAUGCCUGCCUUCUGGAGGUACACCAUGUACUACGUGACACCUUUCACCUACUGGAUUGGCGGUGUUCUGGCAGUCGUCCUCGGCGGCACGCCCGUGGUAUGCAAAGAGAGCGAAUUAACCCUAUUCGAGAGCCCGCCGAACAUGACCUGCGGCGAUUACGCCGGAUCUUGGCUUUCUGCGCGAGGCGUGGGGUAUCUGUCCAAUGAGAACAGCACGGGAACUUGCGGAUAUUGCCAGUACAGCUGGGGCGAUGACUACUUGUCCGGGCUCGGCCUAGACGACUCCAAGAUCUGGCCGUAUUUUGGCAUUUUCCUGGCGUUCACGAUCACCAAUUAUUUGAUGGUGUAUCUGCUUGUUUAUGUUAGGUCUGUCAUGAAGCCGUUCUGGCGGUUGAAGUAA